AUGGCGACGCAGAAGGGCAAGGAGAAGACGGAGGGCCUGGAUGAUGGUGCUCCCGAACCAACUCUGGAGGAGCGUUUGGAGGGCUUGAACCUGCAGGGUGAAGAGGAGGAAGAUUUGGACUUCUCGGAGGAGUUUGAGGAACUAAUCAAGGAUGUCCGUUGGGUAAUGGAUGGAAGUCCAUGGCUGUUUCGAGGAGCGGCGGUGGUAAUUGAAGAGUAUGAUGGCUUCUCAACCGUGAAUAACUAUAAGCUGGAUAAAAUCCCAAUCUGGACAUGCAUCCAAGGUGUCCCUGAGGGGUUGAUGAAGAAGAGAGAAUUGGCAGAGAAAGUAGCGAAGAAGGUGGGUGACUUAAUCACGGUGGUAGUGAACGAAGGGAAGAUCAACCCGACUCCAUAUCUACGGGCUAGGGUCUGGCUUGAGCUGAGCAAGCCGCUGGUGCGUGUGGUUCCCAUAACUUUUAAAGAAAAGAAUGAUGUACUUAGUGUAGUAUGA